UUUGGCAGUCGCUGAGUCUUCAGGCAGAGACACACACGUUGCUCUUUAGGAUUUAUUACCGAGCACAACUUGGAACAGGCGCUCAAAUAUCAGAGUAGCCACAGUGUUGCUUGAAAGGAGCACAGCUGAGAGCAUUGAGGACUGUAAGCAGAGCCUUCUGAUCCAAAAUAUACCAAGAUGAAGGUGAUGAAGUCGAAAGUGACAGAUAAAUCUGCCGAAGGGCAGAAGGUGGAAGGUGCUGGGGGUGCUAUGGAAAAGCCCAACCACAAAAAAGUCAAGAAAUUCAGAUCAAAAGUCCCUGGAGUUAUGAUCACGCAGUAUGUGGAGGAAAUACCAGAGGGGAAAAGCCACCCUGACUUCACACGCAAGCCCAUCGCAUUAACUAUUCAGGAGGGCAAGUUCGGGGUGUUCAAAGCCAUUGUGCAUGGUGAACCUACACCCAAAGUGACAUGGAACCGAGCAAAUGGAAAGAUAGACGAUCCAGAGAAGUUCCAGAGCAAGUAUGACGAGGCGACUGGUGAACACACCCUAGAGAUCCCCAAAGUAAGUGCAGAAGAUGCCGACACCUACAAAUGCUUUGCAACAAAUGAGUAUGGAAAGGCUGUUUGCACUAUCCAGCUGAAUGUCAUUGAAGUUGGAUUCAAAAAGACAAAGGAAUUAGCCAAGUCCAAAGAAGAACAAGCACUCAAACCUGGGUCUUUUAGAACAAUGUUGAAGAAGCGUGGAGAUGUCCAUGAGCAAAAGCCACUCGAAUCUGAAGAGAAAGUUUGGGAGAUCCUGAUGAGUGCCGACAAGAAAGAUUAUGAACAAAUCUGUGCUGAGUACGGCAUCACUAAUUUCCGUGGCAUGCUGACAAAACUGGCUGAAAUGAAAAAGGAGAGAGAGGUGGAACAGGCACAGUUUAUUGAACAUAUCAGUUCGCUCAAACACAUUGGAGUCAAUGCUGAUGAAAAUGCAACAUUUGAAAUUGACAUGGAUCUUAAAGAUGCCAGCAGCAGGAUUUUCCUCUACAAGGAUGGUGUUAUGGUUCCUUACACCGUUGAGAUGGAAGAAGAAAUGAAGCACCAACUGAAACGAGUUGGCAAAAAGUUCAUUUUCACGAUCAAAAAUCUAGACCCGGAAGAUGCUGGUCUCUAUUCAGUGGAUGUAGAGGGAGUUAAUGUCUUCUCCACCGAUUUCAAAAUUCCACCUGUAAAUUUCGCCGUCAAAAUUGAGGAGGUGAAGGCAGAAGAAAGACAAGAUGCCAUCUUUCAGUGUGUCUUAACGGCACCUAUGGCUGAGAUUAAUUGGAUGGGCAAGAGUGCCCCGAUAGAAAAUAAUGACAAAUUUGAAAUCACAGUGUCUGAAGACAAGCUCAUUCACAAGUUGUUAGUGAAGGAUUGUCAGGCUUUGGACACUGGUAUCUACGCAGCUGUGGCAGGUAUCCAUUCCUGUAAUGCCUGGCUUGUGGUGGAAGUUGACAAGAACCCUGCAAACAAAGGCAAGAAGAUAGCUCGCAAAACAACCCAGGCUGGAGGAGGUGAUUUGGAUCUGGAGAAAAUAGCAAAGGAGCAGGCGGAAAAACACAAGAAAGACAUGGAAGAGAGGAUGGCGGAAGCAAAGAUAAAGGCUGCCGAGAGAGGGGUCACUGACGCAGCCGCCCAGGCUGAGAAAGAGGCCACUGAUGCAGCCACCAAAGCCGCCAGAGAGGCAGCUAGGGCUGCGGAAGCUAAGGCUAAGGCUAAGGCAGAGAAAAAAGCUGCUAAAUUAAAAGAUGCUAAGGAGAAAGCAAAGGCAAAGAAGAAAGCCCUCGGUGGUGGAGCUGCAGGAGGUGGGGCUGCAGGUGCUGAAGGUGCUGGGGCUUCAGGUGGUGGGGCUGCAGGUGUUGGGGCUGCAGGUGGUGGGGCUGCAGGUGGUGGGGCUGCAGGUGGUGGGGCUGAAGGUGGUGGGGCUGCAGGUGGUGGGGCUGCAGGUCGUGGGGCUGCAGGUGUUGGGGCUGCAGGUCGUGGAGCUGCAGGUGAUGGGGCUGAGGGAGAUUCUGGAUCGGAAUACGAAGACAUAGUAGUAAGCACAGAUGAGUCUGAUGAGGAAGAUGGAGCCACAAAAACAAAGCGUGUGAGAAGCGGCAAAGUUGUUCCAGACACGUUCAUAGAUGAUGAUGAGGAAGCUUCAAGUGAGCAAUCGGGGAAACGUGGGAAACGCACAAGGCAAGGCCCGCUGCUCAAGGAAGAGAUUGUUGGAAAGAUAAAUAGUAAUGGCACAGCCACAGAUGCCAAAGUCCAAAAAAGAAAGGCAAAGAGCGGAGAUGGUGCUGGUGGUGCCGGACCAGCAAGCGGUGGUGCGUCUGCCAACAAUGGUGAGGCUGCAAGUGGCGAUGAGGCUUCAAGUGCCGAUGAGGCCAACGAGCCAACAGAAGCUGCUAAGCGUGGCAAGCGCACAGGCCGCACAAGGCCAGGCCCAAUACUUCAGGAGACGGUCAUUGACCCUGGCGUUCACUUCAACCUUGGGCUUUCUGACGUCACCGCCAUUCUGGGAGACCCAGCUGAACUUGUCUGUAAGCUGAGCAAGGAAAAUGUUGAUGGUGUAUGGUACCUGAAUGGAGAGGAGAUUGAACCCGAUGAUGUUCUUACCAUGUCUAAAGAUGGAUUCUUCCAAUCUCUGAAAAUCAGCAAAAUUUCAGAGGACUAUGCUGGAAAAUACAAAUUUGAGGCAGAUGGGCGUAAAACAGAGGCCAUGAUUGUUGUUGAAGAUCCACCUAGAUUCGACGCAGAGGAAUUGAACAAGUUUACUGUCCCAAUCGUUACUAAAAAAGGUCAAAAAGCCACUUUCAGGAUACCAUUUGUGGGUCGGGAUCCAAUGAAGAUCCAAUGGUACCAUGAAGGCGAGGAGCUCUCAGACGACACAAACAUCAAGAUAGAGCAUGGAGAGGGUUAUAGUCAACUAACUCUUAACAAGUUACAGCGCAAAGACACUGGAGAAAUCAAGUUUAAACUCAAAAAUGAGUUUGGAACUGUUGAGGCCUUUGCAAAGAUCAUUGUAACUGACAAGCCCACCCCUCCCAUGGGACCUCUGGAGAUUAUUGAAGCCUCUCAAAAUGCAAUUGAGGUGAAGUGGAGGUCCCCAAAGGAUGAUGGUGGCUGUAAGAUACUAAACUACAUCCUGGAACGUCAACAGAUAGGCCGCAACACCUGGAAGAAGCUGGGUCCAAUCGGUCCAGAGGCCCACUACAAGGACAGUGAUGUGGACCAUGGCAGGAGGUACUGUUACAAAAUCAGGGCCGACACUGAGAUGGGCACCAGUGAGUUGAUGGAGACAGAGGAUGUCCAGGCUGGCACAAAAGCAUACGCUGGACCCCCUUCUGCACCCAAAGUGGUCAGUGCCUUCAAGGACUGUAUCACUCUGACAUGGAAUCCCCCUUCCAACACUGGAGGAACCAACAUUCUGGGAUAUAACAUGGAGAAACGCAAGAAGGGAAGCAAUCUAUGGAGCCCUGUCAAUCCUGCAGAUGAUAAGAUAAAAGAGAAGGAGUUCGGUGUGAAAGACGUUAUAGAGGGCAUGGAAUACGAAUUCCGUGUGGCAGCUAUCAACAACUCUGGAGCUGGUGAAUUUGGCACUCCGUCUGAGUUUGUGUUUGCCAGGGAUCCAAAAAAGCCCCCCGGUAAAGUCAUUGACCUGAAGGUGACAGACUCCACCUACACCACCUUGUCCCUGGGUUGGACUAAACCAAGAGAGGAAGCGGGGAUUCAGGAUGAAGCCAAGGGAUUCUUCGUGGAGAUUAGACCAGCAGAAAGCCCAGAGUGGGACCGCUGUAACAAUAACCCCAUCACCAUGACCUCCUUCACAGUGAAAGGCAUGAAGUCAAUGGCAAUGUAUUGGGUGAGAGUGGUCGCCACCAAUGACGGGGGAAAAGGCAAGCCGCAAGAGCUGGACAACUACAUCCUGGCUAUGCCCCCCCCUGUCAGGCCUAGAUUCACUGAUCAAAAAGUCAAGAGUUUCAUGGUGGUACAAGCAGGGAAUUCUGCACGAUUCAACAUGAACUUUGAGGCCUCCCCUUGGCCAGAUGUCACCUGGAUGAAGGAUGGCAUGCCUGUGUCCAAACGGGUUACCAUCAGUAAUGCUGAAGGGGCAUCCCAACUUUUGAUUCCUUCUUCAGAGCGCUCAGAUACAGGAAUCUAUACCAUUAUGGUCAAGAAUAUCGUUGGCCAGGAGACAUUCAGCAUUGAGAUCAGAGUUACAGACGAGCCCAAACCUCCAGGUCCUGUGGAGGUAGAUGAGAACGUACCGGGCACAGUUACCAUCUCCUGGUCGCCAUCUCCUGAUGAGAAGAGGGAUGACAGGCUGCACUACCUGGUGUCGAAACGUGACUCAAGCAAGAGAACGUGGCACACAGUGGCAGACCACAUCUUUAACAACAAGUUCACAGCCUGUAACAUCAUGCCUGGCAGAGAGUACCAGUUUCGUGUCUAUGCCAAGAAUGACAUGGGCUCUUCUCAACCCUCAGAAUCACCAAAGUGGGAAAUCACAGGCAAAAGAGAAAGGUUUGUGCUGGACAGGCCAGAGUCUAAGACCUGCAACCUAGAGCGUCCGCCCAAGUUUCUUGUCCCGUUGAAAAUGCACACCGCUCCACAAGGUUAUGAGUGCUACAUGAGCUGUGCUGUCAGAGGGGACCCAACACCCCAUGUCACAUGGUACCGUAAUAACAUCAGCCUCAAUACCAACACCAACUACCUAAUCUCCAACACCUGUGGGGUCUGCUCCAUGCUUAUACUGAGGGUUGGACCCAAGGACACUGGAGAGUACAAAAUCAUCGCAGAGAACCAACUGGGCAGGGCAGAGUGUUCCACUAAGCUCACUGUCUCAGAUUAGAUUGGCAUUAAAAAGAAGACAAUCAUGCCCUUAUCUUUUUUCAAAUAGCCUAAAGAAAAACUCCAUCCAAAAACCACAUUUUGGUAUUUGUUUUAUUAAUAUAUUGUUGACAUAGUCCCACAUUCUUUUGCUUAUCAACAAUCAGGUUUUCAAGAUAUGCAACUUUCAAAAUAAAAGAUAUCAUCCUCCGUAUGAUUCAUUUUGUAUCAUAUGAUGCUCCUUUUUGUAUCACAUGAUGCAAAAUGCAUUAUACAGGGAUGAUUUCUGUAUUUUGAAAGUGACAUAUCUUGAAAAUUUGAUUGCUGACAACCAAAAUAUUUUAGGACUAUGUCAACAAUGGACUAAUGAAACAAAUAUCAAAAUACAGUUUUUGGGUGGAAUUUUCCUUUCACAGAAGUCCUCUGUUGUUUUCCAGUUCUGUGUAGAAAUGACAUUGUGUAUAUUUUUUAGUUCAGCGUUCCCUGUAUCACAUUUAACAUAAGACUAUUCUACAUUCUGGGUGCUGCAUAUGUUUGAAGAUCUCAGGUUGAGUACAAUUCAAUGCAUCACUCUUUGAAUUAAGGCAAGGCCAUUAUGUAAUGUAACAACAGUGUUCAAUAAUCAAAAGCAGCCUAAAAGCAAGUCAUGAAUAGUGUUGUGUGUGUGUUUUUUUUCUUCUCAAAGUGCAAUAUUGGUAUAGGAAAGAUGAUUGGAAAUUGAAAUGAUGCAUGUUGCUCUUGUUUUCAGUGGCUUUUGAGUAAAUUUGAUUUAGAAAAUGAACAGUAAAAACAAGCAGAGAGAGAGAUCAAGGUUUACUGGCGUAAACAUUCAAAUGAAAACUGCAAAUGCGUGGCUGUGUUUCAUUACCUUCAAAGGUACUAUCUCAUUUGGGAAAUGUGUUUUACCUGCUGUUAAUGCUUCUCAUGGAGUAAUGCUGAUUUGCCCAGUUUUUCUUUGAAAACUAGAAUCAAUAUUUGUUGUCUAUAGUGUUUGUUUUUGUUUUCCUCUUUCAUUUCCAUUAGGCUAGUUUUAAUUAUUAAACUAAAUGUAAAAUGUUUAAUAUAAUAGA